AUGACGGUUCUCGGUCAUAAGAAAGCGGAGUACUCCAUUCAACAGUGGGGAGAGGUCGUCUUCGGGGACGGUAUGGGACUCAGUACGGGAUAUCUUUCGGAUCGUACUGUUCCAUGGUCCGAAAACGCUUUCGAGAUGGUACUUCGGACUCACGACGGAACCGUACCUGGGGUUGAUGACAGACGUGAAAUCAUCGGAGAGAUUGCGGCGAUCUUCAUGCGCGAAACAGGCCCUCGUGAUUUCGAGGUUCCCAUGGUCCACUUCAAGGGUCAAUGUGCUCAUGUCACGGCCCCCGACACAGGCCUCAUGGAAGUUCUCUGGAAAGAGCAACCCGUUUUCCGAGGCGAGAAGAUGAAGCUGGUGUCUAAAGGCUUCGUGGAAAGCAACAUUACGGUCUACGGUGUCUGGGGAAUGCCAGCGAAGGAGCGACAGGAGCUCAUCAAGAGCUUCACCAAAAGCACCAAGAAGCUCGCAGCACUCAUCGUAGCCGACAUGUACUACAUGUCUGAAGUGAGCGGCGAACUGAUCACCAACUCGGGGCCACUUUUCAGCGGUGACAUGCUCAUCUUUGGAAGAGCGGGCUUUGGCGACCAAAAGAGCUUCCUGGGGGAGCCUUUCUUGAAGAUUCCUUAUCCUACUGUCGACUAA